GAAACGAAAGCUGCUGCAAGGUCCACAAGUGAAGACAGAGGGAUUCCUGGGGCGGAUCCGGCCAGGACCAGCAUCCCAGCAAGAUGGAGAAGGAGGAGGAGACCCGGGAGAUCCUGCUCCCCAACUGGCAGGGCAGCGGCUCCCACGGCAUCACCAUCGACCAGACGGAUGACGGGGUCUUCGUCAAGCGAGUGCAGCAAAACUCCCCGGCUGCCAAGAUGGGCGUCGUGAAGGAAGGGGAUCAGAUCGUGAGCGCCACGGUCUAUUUUGACAACCUGCAAUCCGGGGAAGUCACGCAGCUGCUCAACAGCAUGGGCCACCACACGGUGGGCUUGCGCUUGCAACGGAAAGGGGACAAGUCACCGCUGCCGGGACAGUCAUGGUCACACGACGUGUUUGCGGCCAGCAGCCCAGAAGUCGUUCUGAGUGGAGAUGACGAGGAGUACAGGAGGAUUUACACAACGAAAAUCAAACCCCGGCUGAAGUCGGAGGAGGCGGUGGAAGCGGAGUGUGGUGGAACGCAGAGCAGGACCAUUACGGUCACCAGAAAAGUGACGGCAUACACCGUCGAUGUCACGAGGCAUGACGGAGCAAAAGAUGUUGACGUCGUCGGCCCAGACUUUAAAAUCCGGAUCCCGACCCAGGAGAUCACCCACGUGAUGAAGACCGACGUGGAAACGGAGCCUGGGAAAACCGUGAUCAAAAUGGCACCGGGGGAUCUGCCUGGGAGAAGCACCCAAGCCACAGACUGGAGCAUGGACAUCAGAGGGGCACCUCCUGGACCAACGGUUGAAUCAUCUGCCCAGAAGCUGGAUGUCCACCUCGGCGAGGCUCAGUUUGGGAAGCCCGGGAUAACCGUGUCGGGAACGCAAAUGAUGGGCGUUCACCUGAGGACUCAGAUGGACCCUACACUGCCGGGGAGCCAAGUUCCUGCUGGGGAAACUGGAAAAUCUGUUACAGUGGAGAUGCCAGGACGUAACGUUUCCGGCACGGCGUUCCUGGGCCCCCAGGGCAGCUCGCCCAGAAUCGAAGCCAAUGGACAGAUGGGAAACCUGGACGCAGGUUUUCACAUCAAGGGUCCCAGGUUGGAUGGCAAAGGACACGUUUCUGGCAUGGAUGUCCAAGGGGAGCUGCGGGGGGGGAUGCUGUCACACGCCGAUGCUUCUGCCCCUUGUCUUCAGGGAGAUAUCAAAGCCCCUGGAGCUGACGUUUCUUUACCAGCGAUGGAACAUCCAGCUGUUGAUGUGGGGAAAAUCAAGAUUCCCGUUUUGAAAAUGCCCAGAUUUGGGUUCCAGACCGCAGGAUCUGGCAUCGAAGCUCAAGCCCCGCAGGUGGGCACCGACGUGCCCAUGCCAAAGCUGCAGGCUCCCUGCGUGGACGUUGCCUCCUCAUCUGUCCACAUCACAGGACCUGAAGUUUCAGCUCCUUCAGUUAAAUUCUCAAAGCCGCAGGUGGACAUGGGGUUGAAGGGUGCUGUGAAGGUUCCCUCGCCAGGACUGGAGGUCCCCGGCGUGGCUAUCAAAGGACCCAGUGUAGAGCUCCCAGCUUCUGAUGCAGAUGUUCACAGUGGCAAGGGAAAACUCAAAAUCCCGCACAUGACCGUCCCAAAAUUUACUGCCUUGGACUCGCGAGGGGAAGGUCCCGUCAUGGAAAUGGUGCUCCCAAAGGGUGAGGUGGGACCAGCAGCAUCCAAGGUCAACGUCAGCAUUCCCGAUGUGGCCAUCAAAGGAGAAUGGAAAGGCCCCCAGUUCAAGAAGGUUGAAACGCCCCAAAUCUCCCUGUCGGAUGUAAACCUGAACCUGAAAGGCCCUCAGGUGAAGGGAGAUAUGGGUGUCGCGGUCCCCAGAGUGGAAGGGGAUGUCAGAGGAGUUGGCUCUAAGGGUCUCAAGAUGGACGUAAAGGCUCCUGAUGUUGAAUUUGAAAGUCCAGAAGGUUAUCUGAAAGGGCCCAGUAUAUCUGCCCCAGGUAUGGACAUUAAUGUGAAGGGACCUAAGCUCAAGGGAGAAGUGGAUGUUUCUAUCCCAAAGAUGGGUGGCAACCUGAAAGGACCUCAGCUUGACAUUAAAGGCCCCAAAGUGGGAAUGGACAUGCCUGAUGUAGAGGUCAAAGGCCCCAAAGUUACGAUGCCAGAGGUACAUGUCAAGACCCCCCAGAUAUCCAUGCCUGACAUCGACUUGAACCUGAAAGGUCCCAGGGUGAAAGGAGACCUGGACGUUUCUGCCCCAAAACUGGAAGGGGAGCUGAAAGCACCUGGGCUUGACAUCAAAGGCCCCAAGGUUGACACUGAAGCGCCAGACGUGGACGUCCACGGUCCGGAGGGCAAACUGAAGAUGCCUAAGCUGAAAAUGCCCAAGUUUGGGGUGCCCGGUCUGAAGGGAGAGGGCCCUGACCUUGACGUGACGCUUCCAAAGGGUGAGGUGGACAUUUCUGGUCCCAGGGUAGACAUUGACAUGCCAACCAUGGACAUCAAAGGGCCGGAAGGAAAACUGCAAGGCCCCAAGGUGAAGAUGCCCGAGAUGCACAUCACAGCUCCAAAGGUCUCUGUGCCAGAUGUAGAUCUGAACCUGAAAGGCCCCAAGCUGAAGGGUGAUGUGGAUGUUUCCAUUCCCACAGUAGGAGCCGAUUUGAAGGGUCCUGAACUGGAGCUCAAAGGCCCCAAGGUUGACAUUGAAGUGCCAGACGUGGACAUUCACGGUCCGGAGGGCAAACUGAAGAUGCCUAAACUGAAAAUGCCCAAGUUUGGGGUGCCCGGUCUGAAGGGAGAGGGCCCCGACCUUGACGUGACGCUUCCAAAGGGUGAGGUGGACAUUUCUGGUCCCAGGGUAGACAUUGAUGUGCCAAGUGUGGACAUUGAAGGGCCAGAAGGAAAAGGAAAAGGUCUCAAAUUUAAAAUGCCUGAACUAAACAUUCAGACGCCAAAACUGUCCAUGCCAGAUGUAGAUCUCAGUUUGAAGGCCCCCAAACUGAAAGGAGAUGCAGAUAUUUCUGGUCCAAAGACCUCUGUAGAUCUGAAGGGCCCCCAAAUAGAUGUGGAAGGUCCCAAAGUGGAUGUCGAUAUGCCUGAGGUAGACUUGGAAUGUCCAGAAGGGAAAAUAAAAGGCCCCAAAUUUAAGAUGCCUAAGCUUAAUAUCAAGGCACCUAAAAUAUCCAUGCCGGAUGUAGAUUUGAACUUAAAGGGACAUAAAAUGAAAGGAGAGAUGGAUGUUUCUCUUCCAAAGAUAGAAGGUGACUUGAAAGAAUCUGGUGUUAGUAUCAAGGGACCGAAAAUAGAUGUUGAGGUCCCAGAUGUCAACCUGGAGUGUCCAGAAGGCAACCUGAAAAUGCCCAAAAUGAAAUUGCCUCAUUUUAAUGUGUCUGGCCCAAAGUUUGAGGGAGCCGAUAUAGACGUCAACCUGCCAAAAGGAGAGAUAGAUAUUUCUGGGCCAGAGGCAGAUAUUGAAGGGCCAGAGCUGGAUGUUGGAGGACCAGAAGGAAAAUGGAAAGGCCCCAAGUUCAGGAUGCCAAAGCUGAAUAUCAAAACACCUAAAAUAUCCAUGCCAGAUGUAGAUUUGAACCUAAAGGGACCUAAAGUGAAAGGAGAAAUGGACAUUGCAGCUCCUAAGAUAGAAGGUGAUUUGAAAGGGCCAGAACUAGACAUUAAGGGGCCAAAACUAGAUGUUGAGGCACCCAAUAUUGAUUUGGAGUGCCCUGAAGGAAAACUGAAAGGUCCCAAAUUCAAGAUGCCCGAGAUGCACAUCAAAGCACCCAAGAUCUCCAUGCCCGACGUUGACUUCAAUCUGAAAGGGCCCAGCGUGAAAGGGGAUAUUGAAGUCUCAGCUCCCAAGCUUGAGGGUGACCUGAAGGGUCCCGAGGUGGACAUCAAGGGCCCCAAAGUCGACAUUGAGGCACCCGACGUGGACAUUCACGGCCCGGAAGGAAAAUUCAAAAUGCCCAAGUUCAAAAUGCCCAAGUUUGGGAUGCCUGGCUUCAAAGCAGAGGGCCCAGAGGUGGACGUGAACCUGCCGACAGGAAGCCUGGAUGUUUCUGGUCCAAAGGUGGACAUUGAAGGUCCGGAGGUGGACAUUGAAGGGCCAGAGGGAAAACUGAAGGGCCCCAAGUUCAAGAUGCCCGAGAUGCACAUCAAGACACCCAAGAUCUCCAUGCCUGACAUUGACUUGAACCUGAAAGGCCCCAAGCUGAAGGGGGAUGUGGAGGUUCCUGCACCUGAUCUGGAAGGCGCUAAGGUUGAGAUUGAGGCCCCUGAUAUUGACAUCAAAGGCCCUGAAGGGAAGCUGAAGGGCCCCAAGUUCAAGAUGCCAGAGAUGCACAUCAAGGCUCCCAAAAUCUCCAUGCCAGAUUUCGAUCUGAACCUGAAGGGUCCCAAAGUUAAAGGAGAUGUAGACAUGUCUGUAUCGGGUGCUGAAUGUGAACUGAAAGGUCCAGAGGUCAAUAUCGGCGCUCCUAAAUUAGACGUAGGUGCCCCUGAUGUUGAUAUUGACAGCCCCGAGGGUAAAUUCAAGCUGCCUAAAUUCAAAAUGCCCAAGUUUUCCAUGCCUGGCUUUAAAGGGGAGGGAGUGGAUGUGGAUGUGAACCUCCCAAAGGGAGACAUUGACAUUUCAGGCCCCAGCAUAAAUGUAGAGUCUCCUGAUCUGAAUGUGGAUGGAAAAGUCAAAGGUCCCAAAUUUACGAUGCCUGAAAUGCACAUUAAGGCUCCCAAGGUCUCCAUCCCUGAUGUCGACUUCAACAUCAAGGGGCCUCAGCUGAAAGGAGAUGUAGAUAUUUCUGGACCCAGGCUUGAAGGUGAUUUGAAAGCCCCCCAAAUUGAUGUGAAAGCCCCCCAAAUAGACAUUGAGGCUCCCGAUGUGACCAUUGAAGGGCCGGAAGGGAAACUCAAAGGCCCCAAAUUCAAGAUGCCAGAAAUGCACAUCAAGGCGCCCAAGUUCUCUAUGCCUGAUGUUGACUUUAAUCUGAAAGGCCCCAAGCUGAAGGGAGACGUGGAUGUCUCGGCACCGAAGCUGGAAGGCGAUUUGCAGUGUCCAGAUGUUGACAUUAAAGGCCCCAAGUUGGACAUUCAGGCACCUGAUGUGAACAUCGAAGGACCGGAUGGCAAACUGAAAGGGCCCAGGAUCAAGAUGCCAGAAAUGCACGUCAAGACCCCCCAGAUCUCCAUGCCAGACAUCGACUUGAACCUAAAGGGACUGAGGCUGAAAGGCGAUGCUGACCUUCAGGGCCCAAAGCUCGAGGGAGGUCUGAAGGGUCCUGAAGUUGAUAUUAAGGGCCCCAAAGUAGAUAUCGAGGGCCCAGAGGUUGAUGUUGAUGGUCUGGAGGGAAAAAUGAAGCUGCCUAAAAUGAAGCUGCCCAAGUUUGGCUUUAAAGGAGAAGGUCCUGACGUGGAUGUGAACCUGCCAAAGACAGAGGUCGAUCUUUCAGGCCCCAAGGUAGAUAUCAGUGUCCCAGAUGUGAGCAUCGAAGGUCCAGAGGGCAAACUGAAAGGUCCUAAACUGAAGAUGCCAGAAAUGCACAUGAAUGUUCCUAAAAUCUCAAUGCCUGAGAUAGACUUGAAUUUGAAAGGCCACAAAAUGAAGGGAGGCUUUGACAUUUCAGCCCCAAAGAUAGAAGGUAACCUGAAAGGUCCUGAAGUAGAUAUCAAAGGCCCAGAAUUUGGAGUCAAAAGCCCUGAAGUUGACGUCGAAUGUCCUGACUUGAAUAUUGAAGGCCCAGAGGCAAAUGUCAAAUUUCCCAAGUUUAAGAAGUCAAAGUUUGGGUUUGGGAUGAAAGGCCCGAAGGCAGAAAUCAAGGCCCCAGGGGCAGAAGUGGAUUUACCUGAGGCGGAGCUGAAUGUGGAGUCGCCUGAUGUCAAUGUUGCUGGAAAGGGUAAGAAGAGCAAGUUCAAAAUGCCAAAACUUCAUAUGAGUGGCCCUAAAGUUAAAGGAAAGAAAGGUGGGUUCGAUGUGAAUGUGGCUGGUGGAGAGCUUGAUGCGAAUUUGAAAUCUCCUGAUCUGGAUAUGAAUGUAGCUGGUCCGGACGUGACGAUAAAAGGUGAUGUGACGGUGAAGUCCCCCAAAGGGAAGAAACCCAUGUUUGGGAAAAUCUCCUUCCCAGAUGUUGAAUUUGAUCUUAAAUCGCACAGAUUCAGAGGGGAUGCUUCUGUGGCAGUCCCAAAAAUAGAGGGGGAACUUAAAGUGCCUGAUCUAGAAGUCUCUGUGCCAACUGCCAAAGGUGACGUGAAAGGCCCAAGUCUCAAUGUGGAUGUUGAAGCUUCUGACAUGACCCUGAAGAAACCAAAGUUCAAAUUUCCCAGUGGGCAGGUGGGCGUAGGGGACUUGAAAAUUGAGGGCGACCUGAAAGGACCCGCCAUUGACAUUGCCAUUCCCUCGAUCCCAGUGCCAGAUGUUGACUUAAAUGUGAAAGGACCAAAAGUAAAAGGUGAAGUCAGCGUGCCUGGAACAGAACUGGAAGGUCCUGAAGGAAAGCUGAAAUUGCCCAAGGGGGGGAAAAUGGGUGUCGGUCUGGAAAUGCCAGAUGCAAACUUGGAUCUCUCGGUCCCAGCCGUGGAAGGAAGUGUGAGCCUCCCUUCAGCUGAUGUGAACCUCCGAGGUGUUGAUGUAAAGUUCAAAGGGCCCCAAAUCUCUGGACCCGAUUUUGAUGGAAACUUGAAAGGACCAAAAAUAAAGGGAGAUCUGGAUGUUUCGAGUUCUGUGGAAGGGCCGAAUGUCAGCUUGGAUGCCCCAGGUGUUGACAUUGGAGGCUUGGGAGGAAAGCUGAAGCUGCCAAAGUUUAAAUCCCCUGCUCUGGGGGCACCUGACCUGAGUGUGAAAGGAGGCAUUGACUGCUCCGUCCCACAAAUGGAGGUGGAUGCAAAAGCCCCGGAUGCAAAUCUCAGUCUCGGCAUCCCGGGCCUUGAUAUCAAAGGGCCCUCAGUGGACGUUUCUGCCCCGGAUUUGGAUGUAAACCUGAGAGGACCAAAGUUGAAAGGAGAUCUUGACGCUUCUGCUGGCGUUAAAUCCCCCAAAGCAGCAGUGGAUGCAUCUGAUGUCGGCUUUGAAAUUCUGGGUGGCACGAUCAAGCUCCCGUCCCUCAAACUCCCCCAGUUUGGCAUUUCCAGUCCUGGUGUGGAUGGAGCUGAUGUAGGCGUCAGUCUUGAAGGUCCCCAAGUGAAAGGAGGCCUGAAGGGUUCAGGGGCUGGUGUUGGGUUGGAAGGACCUGACGUGGAACUGAAAGGGCCGAAAUUUCAAAUGCAGUCACCUAGUGUUUCCUUGCCGGACGUUGACCUGAAGCUGAAAGGACCAAACCUACGGGGCGGUGUAGAUGUUGCCGGUGAAAUCAAAGGUCCAAAAGUCAGCAUAGAAGCACCUUGUGUUGACAUUAAGGAGCCUGGAGCAGGUGUCCACCUCGACGCUCCUGCCUUGGACGCGUCUGGGCUGAAAGUUUCCGGGUCAGGUUUUAACGUCAACGUAAAAGGGCCGAAGAUCAAAGGUGGUGCCACCAUUUCUGGAGAGGCAGCAGCACCAGCUGUGAGUGCCGGCGGGGGAGCUCUUCACAUUACUGGCCCAAAGGUAGGAAUCGGAGGUCCCAGCGUCACCACGAGUGUCCUGCAAGGUAGCCCAGAAAGCAGCCUGGGAAAAGUAUCAUUCCCCAAGCUGCGAAUGCCUAAAUUCGUGUUUUCAGACCCUGAGGUGAAGGGCAGAGAGAUGGGGGUCGAUGUCGAGUUCCCCGGGGCGGAUGCCAACCUCCAGGCUGGUGCCGCAGAGCUUGAGUUGGAGGACGCGGAUGUCAGACUAAAGAAAUCCAAAAUCAAAAUGCCCAAGUUCAAUUUUUCCAAGCAGAAGGGAAAAAGCAGCGGCGCACUGGGCUCCCCGGAGGUUUCCGGGUCUGUUUCGGGAUCGAAAGGUGACCUGAAGAGUUCCAAGGUCAGCUUGGGGUCCGUGGAAGGCGAGCUCGAUGGGGGAGAGGGUCCAUCGGCGAAAGGGAAGUUCUCCCUCUUUAAAAGCAAGAAGACGCGUCACCGGUCGUCGUCCUUCAGCGAUGAGCGCUCUUCCCACUCGACGCCCACAGGAACCCUGGAGCUGGACAUCGGCUCAGGUGCUGACAAAGGGAAACAGGGCAAAAUGAAAUUCGGGACGUUUGGGGGGAUCGGCUCAAAAACUAAAGGUUCUUAUGAGGUGACAGGAAGCGACGAGGAGCUGGGGAAGGUGCAGGGCAGCGGGGUAUCGCUAGCAUCCAAAAAAUCCCGCUUGUCUUCCUCCUCCAGCAAUGACAGCGGGACAAAGGGCGGCUUCCGCAUGCCUGGGGUGGAGCUGACGGUGGCCAAGAAGAAAGAGUAGGGCGGCUGUACAUAGGUGCCUGUGUAUAUAGGUAGCCCUUCUCGGGUUUGUAUAUACAUUUUGUAGCUUGGGCUACUUUCAAUCUCAGCAA